AUGGCACAGCCGGCUCGGCUCCGCAGGCUCCCGGCAGCCCCUGCGGCCGCCGGGCGCCGGCGCUGGGCCCGCCUCGAGCUCCCAUUGGUCCGGGCGGCCGCCCCACCCUCCGGCCGACCAACGGACAGGCCGACGUCGCGCUCCCAGCAACCGCUGCGGCAGGCCGCUUCGAGCUUCUCAUUGCGCGCGCGAGCCGGCGGUGCGGGCGGAGCGCGGGAGCGGAGAGCUGCUCUGGAGCCGGCCGAGGCGGAGGCGGCCGUGCGGCCCGAGGCGGCCGAGGACGAUGAGGACGAAGAGGAGGCGCUACCGCACUCCGAGGCGGUGGACGUGUUCCAGGAGGGUCUCGCCAUGGUCGUGCAGGACCCGCUGCUCUGCGAUCUACCGAUCCAGGUGACUUUGGAAGAGGUCAACUCCCAAAUAGCAUUAGAAUACGGCCAAGCAAUGACAGUCCGAGUGUGCAAGAUGGAUGGAGAAAUAAUGCCUGUGGUUGUGGUACAGAAUGCCACAGUCCUGGAUCUGAAGAAGGCCAUUCAGAGAUAUGUGCAGCUCAGGCAGGAGCGUGAAGGGGGCAUUCAGCACAUCAGCUGGUCCUAUGUGUGGAGGACCUACUACCUGAUCUCUGCAGGAGAGAAGCUCACAGAGGACAGGAAGAAGCUUCGGGAUUACGGUAUCCGGAAUCGGGAUGAGGUGUCCUUCAUCAAAAAGCUGAGGCAAAAAUGAACCUCCAGACAAGGACAGCUCUGUGCUGGUGGCCUGUGCCCAGCUGGGACACAGCUGAGCCCUAGGUCCAAACAACCAAAUCAUGUGGCAAAUGGGCCUGGCCCUGUGUACAAAAUAAAUCUACUUGUUUCUUAGUUUGAAAAGUCAGAAAA